AUGUUCUCAGAUGGCCAGGCUACUCCAAGGGACCUGAUCCCGCCAUGGGGAAACACUCUCGUCUAUUUGAUGCUUCAAGGGCAGGCGAUGAAUGAACGAAUGUUGCCAUUAGCAAGCCUUCUAUUGGAAAGUGGCUCGGAUCUCUCAUACCGUGAUGAAGACGGCUACUCUUCUUGUAUGCUCAUCUUCCAAUCCAAAAUGGGAUUGGAUUAUCUUCAAGACCAUGUUUGCCACUUUUGGGAUCUCGAAACGUUCAGCAAUUUUGACAAUGGCGACCUUUGGCUUAUUUCGUCCAUUGCGAGGUGCACGCCAAGGCUACUUCGAAAAUUGGAGUUACAGAACAAAGAACUGAGAACGCCUAUGGAAAUAUCUUCUAGCAUCCGCCCUCGCAUCGAGAACAUUGUUGAGCUGACGGCUGAACAACAGGUUGCUUGGGUCAUAGCGGCCGCAGCCAAAGAUCGAGUCCCGUUUAUGCAAACACUCUGCUCAUGUGGUACUCUUGCAAUGGCAAAGCCAUUCAUUGACUCUAGUCUGGACCUCGACGAGAUAGUUGGGGAUUCCUGGGGUAUGACAUAUCUUCGAUCCGCCGCCAAAGCUGGGAAUCUGGAAGUCGUCAAGGCUCUGAUUGAAGCUGGUGCAAAGAUGGAUCAGAAGGCUCUGUACUGGUUAUCUGACCACUUGUGUACUUCCGUUCUUGAUGAAUUCCUUUGGCGCUGGCGCUAUAUCUCCCUAGGCAAGCCAGUGCUUGGUCGUGGCACCCCAAGUAUCAAAUCCGAACUCUGGAUCACUGAUACCAUCCUAAGCCACCCCGACUUCACAGGACCUAAUGCCCUUCUAUUGUCUAUUUGGCCAGGUGUGGACCGAGAUAUUGUUUUAAGCAUUAUGAAACAUGGUAUUGGACGCCGGGAUGGCCAGCCACCAGUCACAAGACUCAUGAAGGUAUGGGGCUCAGAAGUGAUACAAGCAACCAAAACUAGGUUGCCGUACCUCAAAGACAUGCUACACUACGGCCUUGGAGUUGAUUGCGAAGAUGCUAUGGGAUGUACUGCAGUACUUUUCGCUAUUGAUCUGGCUGCAGAAAAAGAAUUAGCGCUCCUGAUCAACGCGGGUGCUAAUCUCACGCGGCGAACAAGAUAUGGCCUGACACCUUUAGAGUUGGCAAAGAGCAAUCUUGAAGCCGACCACCCACGCCCAGAGCAGAGAGCAUUUAACAGCAUAUGGUUUCAAGCAAGAAAAAUGACGCUGGAGCAGGACCAAAGAAUUUAUCAUAUGCUUUCAAAGGCGAUUCAUGUCCAGCGAAGACUCCCAUUAUGUGAGCCGACAAUCGUCGUCCCUAGAGAUGUGCAUAUUCAAUGA